AUGGUGCAACCUCUUUGCUCCUUACCUCUUCCACCGCCAUUACCUCCCAUUUCUAACUUACCAUUAUCACCAAUGGUACAACAAAUGGUAAUGCAACGCUAUUCAAAUCCAGUUGCUGUUUAUCCGUUUGCAUCAAUGAUGCAAAAUCCAUACCUUAUGAGUAAUCAGCAACAAAUGGUAAUGCCACCUUAUCAUUCUAAUCAAUUUAAUAGAGGUUUUAUUCCCCCUCCACCACAGCCAAUGAUUGCGCAACAAGCGUGUAUGAUGAAUCCACAACAGUACAUGUUGCCCAGGAUCCCGAUAAUACCAAUGGCGCCAGCUCAACAGCAACAACAAAUUGCAUCUACUCCAUGUCUCGCUGCUCCACAACAACAACAACAACAGCAGAUAAUGCUACCUAUUAGUCAACCGCAGCAAUUUGCAUCAAGUUCAAUAUCACAGCCCAUGUUUUUUCAACAACAAAUGGCCGCAUCAACUGUUCAAUCACAACAGUUAGUAUCAAAUACCUUAGCACAGCCUAUAUUACCUGCUUUACUACCACAACAACAAGUGAUGAUGCAACCCCAAUCACAAAUAGUAUCCAAUUCUUUAGUGCAGCCCGCGUACUCUCAGCAGCAACCCAUUUCAUGUUUACUACAACCACCUUAUGGUAACUCGAAUAUGUGUCGAGCAUGUGUUCCUAUGCCGCCAUCUUUGAGUAUACCCGUUACAGGCAAUUGUUGGAUUCAACAUUGUUCAUGUUGUUAUUAUGUUCCGAGUGAAAUCGGAAAUGAAAGACGAAGUGGAAGAGUUACACCCUUACUUCGACAAUCGACAGUAUCUCCGUUUUUACCGAACACAUAUCAACAUCAGCAACAAUCCGAACCACCUGUUCUAGUUCGACCAUGGUUGCGCAAAACUCCACCUCUUCCUCCAGGAGCUAUACUUCUAUCCGAUGAAUUUGUUGAUAAUCCAAAAAGUCAGCGCAAAUAUCGCGUAGGAUCUUGGGACCUCCAACAAUGGAGUCAAAAAGCGGGAAAAGACAAAGGAUCAGCGACCAGUAACGGAAGUAUCGAUCCUGUUACGGCUUCUGGAAGAAAUAAUCAAGAGCAAGCGCCAUCAAUUCAACGAACGAUUGUUAAAAAUAUCAUAUUUAAACACAAAAUACAAGAACCAAGUGAAUUAAGCAAUGCAUCAGCUACAGCGGCAAUAAGUAGCGACUCUACUGAAUAUAAAAAUACUGAAUUUUUUCCUACACGACAUCGAUCUACCACUGUCCAUUAUCAAAAUAGUAAUAUUUCUGCUCCACGCUCAAUUCGAUAUCAUAGUCGAUCCAAAUCAAGAAAGCAUGUUAAUAAGGACGUGUUUUAUACGUCCACUAGCAUGAAACCCUCGACACUACAUUUUAAUUACUAUCCACCGGCCGUUCAAUCUGUUGUUCAUACCAGUAACAAAUAUAGUAAAUCAUCGAGCGAAGAUUCGAGCCAAAUUCAACGAGCAUCCAGAAACUAUAAUCGUCAUUUUAUUUCGACUAAACAUUUAGACAACAAUAGUAUGACCCUAGAUUCCUUAGAUAGUGAAGAAGAAAAAAGUGUUCCUCUGAUGAUUAAUGACAUGCCCAAGAAGAAGAUAAUUGUCAUUCGAGAAUAUAUAAACGGUUCUCCGUCGACAAUUAGUACUGCUUCAUCUAAUUCUUUGUUUAGUAUAGUUGAUACAAACUUAGCAGAGAAUGGACGACUAAGCACGACAUCUGCUGUAUCAGAAGAAGCUGAACAUAACUCAGAUUCAUUCUAA